GAUUACAAAGGAGCCCCGCCGUGCCCCGCCGAGGGUCCCCUCCGCCCCUGACCCAGAGCAGGGCGCCCGCGAGUUCUCGGGAGCCCGGGAGCCCAGGGUGGCAUCGGGCGCCGUGGGCAGGGUCCUCUCCAGGUUCCCUGAGUGUCCCCAGCCCUGGCCCCACACACCUCGGAGUCUCAUCCUGGAGGAGCCCCGGAGAGGUCCGGGGGAGGCGGUGCGCGCCGGGCGCUGGGAGGAGGCGUUGUCGUCUGGCACUAAAGAUGAGCCGCCGGGGUCCCCGCAGUCUCGCAGGGGGCGGGGCGCGGACCCACGCGCACUCUGCGCGAGCGCCGGGCCGGGCUUCCAGCGGGAAAAGUGGCUGGCGGAGCUGGGGCGUGGCGGGCGCACGUGGACCCCCGCGGGGAUCCCCACCCGCCCCCCCCCGCCCCGCGCGCGGCCCCUCCCCCAGCCCUCCUCCUCCCGGAGCCGGCGCGGAGCAGCCACGCGGAGAGCGGGUGCGGGUGCGGGGCGCCUGCGGGUGCGGGGAGCGCCGGGCAUGGCGAGGGCCGCUCGGUGCGGGCGGUGCGGGCGGGGCGCGCUCCUGGCCGUCGCCGCCUGGACCGCGGGCUGGGUGCUGGUGGCCGCGCUGCUGCUCCGCGCGCACCCGGGCGUCCUCUCCGAGCGCUGCACCGACGAGAAGAGCCGGCGCAUCCUGGCCGCGCUGUGCCGGGACUACCUGGGCGGCUGGCUCAUGGGCGACCUGUGUGAGGACCUGUGUGUGGCAGGGGAGCUGCUGUACCAGCGCUGUCUGUACUACGAGCGUGGCAAGAAGGUGCUGCAGGCCCAGUGGCGUGGCCGGCCCGUUGUCCUCAAAUCCAAGAGGGAGGCCUUCUCCAGUUUCCCAGCCCUUGGCCUGUUGGAGGCGGAGGCUGGACAGGGAACCCAGGGUGUGCGGGACGCAGAGCUGCUCCUGAUGGUGGCUGCAGAGGUUAAAAAUGCCUUAGGCUUGGAGCUGUCCAACAGCAGCAUGGGACCCUUGUGGCCUGGCCAUCGGGGCCCUGGCUGGAGGCAGCAGCUGGCCAGUGCAUGGUCCCUGCUGCAACAGGAGGAGUACGUGUAUUUCAGCCUGCUGCAGGACCUCAGCCGUCAUGUCCUGCCUGUGCUGGGCUCUUGUGGCCAUUUCUAUGUGGUGGAGUACUUGGCUGCUGGCAGCCCUCACCACAGUGCUCUCUUCCCCCUGGACGAGGCUGCCCCCCAGAGUGGCCGGGCCCAGGACAAGGCCAUCAGCCGCAUCGCUCUCAGCUUCCUGGACAUGGUGAGUCAUUUUGAAAAUGACUUCUCCCACCGCCUCCACCUCUGUGACAUCAAGCCUGAAAACUUUGCCAUCAGGAGUGACUUUACGGUGGUGGCCAUCGAUGUGGACAUGGCCUUUUUCGAACCUAAAAUGAGGGAGAUCCUGGAGCAAAAUUGCACAGGGGAUGAAGAUUGCAAUUUCUUUGACUGUUUUUCAAAGUGUGACUUGAGGAUAAACAGGUGUGGAGCUCAGCGUGUCAACAGCAACCUGCAGGUCAUCUGUGACAAAAUAUUCCACCGCUGGUUCUGCUCGUCUCCCAGGAGCCCUGCGGUGUCCUGGCCACUGCGGCUGCAGUUACAGCAGGCUGUGCGGGAGUGUGCGGGCUCGGCAGGCCUGGCCUGGAGCUCCUGGGGCGUGGCCCCGCAGGUCUUCUGGAAGCUUCGCAGGCUGCUCCAGGCCACACUGAAGGAGCUGCAGGAUGCAGAGGAGUAACCAGCCUGAACCUGCUCACCUCAGGAAUGUGACCCCGGAGUGCUCUUCUCCGCAGCUGUUCUGGAUGGGACACUUUCACUGUGCCGGGGAGUUAUCGCUAAGAUACUGCUGCACCCUGUCCUCCGAAGCGCACAGUUUUACUGCUGUCACACCUUGCUCCACCGUUGUGAGUCGGGCCUCCAUGCCACCCCAGCCAGUGCCCUCUGGUUUGGUCCUGGCCCCAGCCCCUGUUGAAAAAUGAACUGCGCGGGGAUAGGAGGCGUUUUGUUUUGGGGAGGCUCUUGGAAAACACAAACUACAAUGUGCAAGAUUCUGCAGAGAACACUCUCACCUAGCCUCAGAGCAAAAGGAGGCCCGCUGCUCUUUCCUGUAAACCAUUACUGCAUUUCAGAAACUGUGUGUGCAUAGGAAUGAGUGUGCAAUGCAAACUUGUGUGAGCAUGAAAGGACAGUGUGCAUAUAAUGUGUGAAUAUGCUGGUGAAUAAGUGUGCUCACAGGAGUGUCCAUGUGUAGGAAAUGGGUGUAUGCCUAUGAAUGUGUGCAUACAGGCAUGUGAAUGUGGGCUCAUUUCUGUGAGUGUGCCCAUGACUAUCAGUAACUGCACAUUUGAUUGUGCUCAUGAUUAUGUGUACACUCUGAGUAUAUGUGCACAGGAACACAAGUGAGCACAUGCAUCAUUGUGCCUAUACAAGUGUGAGCAUGUGCACAUGACUGAGUGAGUGAGUGUGCACACAAGUGCAUGAGUAAGUUUGCACACACAUGUAAGCAAGUGAUGUGGGCAGGUGAGUGUAUGGGCCUUGUGCAUGUUGGGUUGGAGAGUGAUUUUUGUAGCGUUGACUCUGGGAAAACCUUGCCUGGCUAUUAAAGAAUUAUCUUUUUCUUUAAAUGCAAUAAAAAAGUUGCACCUUUGGUCACUGGGAUUCUCAUGGGAGAAUAUAUGUGGCGUCUUUCAGUAUUUUCCAUUUGUGGAAUCAGCAGAUUUUAUGGAUCCUGUUUUAGGGAGCACUUUACCACUUACUGCAACACAUCUUUCUUCUGAGCAGGGAGCUGGGUUUGCUGAACUCAGAGUUGUCUGGCACUUGAAAGAGAAUUUAGGUAGUGUGAGUGCUGGGGUGGGCAUGGGCCAUGGCAGGACUGAAGCCACUGCUUUCUGCUGACUGAUGGAAGCACAAGCCGUGGGCGUCAGGUCCUACUCUGACACAAUGUGUUCUUCUGUAGAGAGACACCCCAGUGAGCUUCUCCUGCAGUGGAAGAGCCCCGCAUAGAAUGGGCUGCUUUCUGUGCUGACCUCCCAUGGUUGUAAGAUCCACACACAGCCAGGGAGUCCUGCUCAAGUCGGGUACGUGAGUUCUCAGUGAAUCAGAACCAAAAACUCAGGAACAGAGAAGCCAAGAAAGAUGCAAUAGUAGAGAGGUGCAGGAAGAUACGCUGGUGGCUUACAAGUAGAAAAAGACGCAAAUCGUAAAUUUUAAAACUGUGCAAAUGAACAAUUUCCUAUUUCUCCUGACUCUCAAUCUGUUUCUAAUCCAGACAAAAUUUCCUUAGGACAUUUCUCCAUCCUCUGCACUCUGAGUUCCUCUGAGGAACUAAAUUAUCAGAGACUGCACAGCCCUGAUUCUGCAGCCCUGCAGAGUGUGUGAAGGCCCGCAGUUGACUGCCCUUCCAACCCAUGACCCUCUCUCUCCACCUGCACCGGCCGGAGACCCUCGGCCUCUUCUAGUCCUGCAGGUGGAGAUUCGCUUUGCGUCUGUUUGUUGGUGGGACCACAUCAGUCACCCUUGUGGCAGGAGUUAAAGCCCAAGCUGGCAGAUUCUCACAGCUAGCAUCUGGCCUGACCCUUAGCAAGGCUUCCAGUGCCCUGACACGUGGUAUGCCUGGUGUCUUGUUUUGCUUUGGAGCAGGUUUUUACCUGUGGAAGGGUCACCUGAAGACGGUGUGGGAUCAAAGUGUCCUUCAGUCCAUGUGGGGAGGUUAAAUGUGUCUCCAGUGCCUGGUCCUGGGAUUGUAGCUCUUCAUUAGUGGCACUGAGCUCCCUGGCCAGACAGCAAAACUGGCUAGGGAAAGGGAAAAAGUUAGUUUUCAUUUCAACUGAAAUGGAAACAAAUGUUUUUGUUUACCACGGAAACUGUGUAAUAUAUAAUUACCCAAUACAAUAGUGGUUUUAUUGCUGAAGGGAACCAUUUUAUCUCUUUCUUUUAUUUUUCCCUAGCCAGUUACUUUCUGUUUCUCUGUCUGUCUGUCUGUCUGUCUGUGUGUCUCUCUCUGGCACACACUUUCAUUUUCCAUCUCCUGUAGUGCAGUGACUCUUAAGCUAUGUGGUAAAAUUUUAUUUUUUGUUUAUUUCCAAACACUGGCAAAAAUUAUUUUAUACAGUACAAUAGAGAAACACUGUGUGCGUCAGUAUUUAACUUUCUUGUGUGUGUGCAUGUGCAUGUGCAUGUGUGUGCGUGUGUGUGCCAGGAUACGCCCAGGGUCUUGCACAUGCUAGACGAGCACUCUACUGCCAAGCUAUGUCCCUAGUGUUAUAGUUAACAUUUUUAAUGUGACAAAUGAAAUCACUUCUUGUUGAUCCAGUUGAGCAGCAGCGGUGCUCCGAAGGGGAGAUGUCUACCUAAAGGAUUCACAUGCUUUGUUUUAAUAACAUUCACAGCAGACAAAACACUUUCAGAGCUAAAUUGAUGGGAACUGAAAAGAUGAUAAAGGAAGCUGAGCAAACUAAGUUUUAUCCAAAGCAAGGAAGUAUUUAAUUACUUUCUCCUCUUUCAUCAGAAGUCAACUUUCAAAAUUUAUCUUGAUAGAUUGUAAAAUUGUCUUUUGAUGAUAACAACGACUCCUCUGCUGUAGGCCUUGUCGCCUUACAGCUGAUCCAACAAGGUUCUGCUGCGUGAAUGUCGUGGGGCCCAGACUGUGUGAGUGUGUGGAUCCCUGAACUGGCCCCUGAGGGGAGGGGUGUCCCAGCAGUGUCACCGGAAGGGCUUGUGGAAAUACUGCCAGCAUUGUGAACCCUUUCCUAUCUCUUUCCCUGAUACGAAUCGCUAACAGGUCACCACAUGCCUCCUUUCCAAAACCCACCAUGCACACCUCCUAUGGGCCUGUCCCAUGCUAGUCCUACCUGGCCAGCCUUUUUGGUGCACCCAGGAUGGAAUCUUGGACUUUAAAUUAUCAGAAGAGCAACAACUAUUUUUUUUUUUUGUCUUUUUCAUUUUUAUCAGUACCAGGGAUCGAACUCACGACCGCCUGCUUGCAAGGCAGGUGCUUAUGCCGCUGAGCUAAAUCCCCAGCCCCGCAACAACUAUUUCAAAACCUGAUUUAGAAGUUGUUCUUUCAACAUGUGGAGGUGCAAGAGUUUGGUUAAAAUUUUCUAAAAUCGACAACCAUAUGAAGAACCUCUUGCGCAUACUGUGCUGGUGCCUGAGGAUGGUAAAUGAAUGCUACUCUGCCUCUAUUCCCACAGAGUCUGGGGGCAUAGCACCAUGAGAAGAACGCCCCCUCUGCCUGCCUGACAUCCUUGUGUCACCUCUACUCUGUCUUUCUAAACUUUGGGAACAGCCAUCCGUGUUAAUGGCUGAUGGAGUGAUUAUUGAUUACAACUGAGCAAACCUACCUCCCAGGUUUGCUCCUCAUACUCAAAAAUGGGGGUAAUCACCCAUGACUUUCUAUGAUAGCAACAAUGUACAGCAAGGCUGUGGCACUGUGCCUGCUGCAAACAGAUGCUGCUAUGUCUGGGUGGCAUGGAGGUACCUGUUAGAGGGACUCAGCAGGGCCCGCUGCUCAUCCCACCACACUGUCACUAGGAAGCUGGGUCCUGAUGCUACAAGAAACAGCCUUUGAAAGACUUCAGUCAACAGUCCACAGGCAGCCAUGCAGAAGUGUGCAUAGAAUUACUGCAAAGUAGACAUAGAGGGAUUUACACCUUCUAACCAGAGGUGGACAGUGUCACACAAGCAACUGCUCAGGAGUGAGUUUAGAUACAUUUUUAUGCACACAAGAGUCCUUCCGGGGCUCAGUGAACUAUGAUGAUUGAGAUGCCUGUCACUUUUCUUGGAUGUUACUUUGGAAUUACAGGAUGUCUUCCUUGUUCUUUUCAGAUGGUUAGUGUUCCCUCAGGAGGCUUAAUCAUGUUAGAAACCUAGGAAAGACAUUUAUGAAAGAAAAAAGUUCUAAUCUAAAUCAGAUCCCAGUCUAAGGUGGGUGGGUCUUUAAAGACUGUCCUGUAAUACUUUCAUUCUCUUGAAUGGUUUUACACUAUUUUGUUAUGUUUGAUACUAUUGUGUGUGAAGGUGUGCUCAAAUAUUUCAAAGAAAAGAGACAUUAUGGUGGUACUGUUGCUAUCUGGUGGUCUUGUUUUAAAGUGCUGUGUUGCUUGCAUUGUUCUGUUCUGAUUUGCUUUGUUCUGUUCUCUUUUGUUUCAUUCUAUUUAAAAUAAAAAAAAGAAUGCUCCUCUUUCUCUUA